AUGCCCUUGGUGUGUCUGGCAGACUUUCAGGCACGGGCACGGGAGCAUCUGUCCAAGACGACUUGGGAUUUUAUUGACGGAGCAGCUGAUGAUGGCUUCACACGGGACGACAACAUCGCAGCAUUUAAAAGAAUCCGCCUUCGCCCCCGGUUUCUGAAAGAUGUGUCAGAGGUGGACACCAGGACCACAAUCCAAGGGAUGCAGAUCAGUGCCCCCAUUUGCAUUGCGCCCAUGGGUUUCCACUGCCUCGCCUGGCCUGAUGGAGAGAUGAGCACAGCCAGAGCUGCCCAAGCCACCGGCAUCUGCUAUAUCACUAGUACAUAUGCUUCCUGCACCCUGGAAGACAUCGUUACUGCUGCCCCCAGUGGCCUCCGAUGGUUCCAACUCUAUGUGCAGCCAGACCGGCAGCUAAACAAACAGCUGAUUCAGAGGGCAGAAUCCCUGGGUUUCAAAGCUUUGGUGAUCACUGUGGAUGUACCCACAGUUGGCAACAGGCGACAUGACAUUCGAAACAAAUUGAACUUGAAGAUGAACCUACUACUAAAGGAUCUUCGAUCCCCUAAAGAGAGAGAUUCAAUACCUCAUCUCCAGAUGACUGCUAUUGACCCGUCCAUCUGCUGGAAUGAUCUUUCCUGGUUUCAGAGCAUAACACAAUUGCCCAUCAUCCUUAAAGGGAUCUUGACCAAAGAGGAUGCAGAGCUAGCUGUGAAGCACAAUGUUCGCGGCAUCAUUGUCUCCAACCAUGGUGGGAGGCAGCUUGACGAAGUGGCUGCGUCAAUUGAUGCCUUAACAGAGGUUGUGACUGCCGUGCAAGGGAAGCUUGAAGUGUACCUGGACGGUGGCAUUCGAACUGGCAACGAUGUACUGAAGGCCCUAGCACUUGGAGCAAAGUGCGUUUUUGUUGGCAGACCCAUCCUGUGGGGUCUUGCCUGCAAGGGUGAACAUGGUGUUCAGGAAGUUUUGAACAUCUUGAAGAAGGAGUUGCGCACCUCCAUGACGCUUACAGGCUGCCGGUCAGUUGCCGAGAUCAAUCAGGACCUGGUCCAGUUCCCCAGGUUGUAA